GCGACGGAAGCCGAGAGGGACCUGGGGCGGAAGGGGACCCGGGCCAGGCUUGUGUUCGGUGCCUUGGCGGGGCUGGGGUUCCGAUGUGGUCCCCGGGGCGGGAGGCCCAGGCCCCGACCGGGGGAGACCCGGCGGGCCUCCUGCCGCCCGAGUGGGAGGAGGAUGAGGAGCGCAUGUCUUUCCUGUUCUCCGCCUUCAAGAGGAGCCGCGAGGUGAACAGCACCGACUGGGACAGCAAGAUGGGCUUCUGGGCGCCGUUGGUGCUGAGCCACAGCCGCCGCCAAGGGGUGGUGCGCCUGCGUCUGCGGGACUUGCAGGAGGCCUUCCAGCGCAAGGGCAGUGUCCCUCUGGGGCUGGCCACCGUGCUGCAGGACCUGCUGCGUCGAGGUGAGCUGCAGCGAGAAUCAGACUUCAUGGCCAGCGUGGACAGCAGCUGGAUCUCCUGGGGGGUUGGAGUCUUCCUGCUGAAGCCCCUCAAGUGGACUCUUUCUAACAUGCUCGGGGAUAACAAAGUUCCAGCUGAGGAGGUGCUCGUGGCUGUGGAGCUGCUUAAGGAAAAGGCUGAGGAGGUUUAUCGCCUGUACCAGAACUCACCCCUCUCCUCCCACCCUGUGGUGGCCCUGUCAGAGCUGAGUACUCUGUGUGCCAACUCCUGCCCAGACGAGAGAACCUUCUACCUGGUGCUGCUGCAGCUGCAGAAGGAGAAGAGAGUCACGGUCUUGGAGCAGAACGGAGAGAAGAUUGUGAAGUUUGCCAGGGGACCACAUGCCAAAGUGUCUCCUGUCAACGAUGUGGAUGUUGGGGUCUACCAGCUGAUGCAGAGUGAGCAGCUUCUCUCUCGAAAGGUUGAGUCUUUAUCCCAAGAAUCUGAGAGGUGCAAAGAGGAAGCCCGCCGAGCAUGCCGAGCUGGAAAGAAGCAGUUGGCACUGAGGUCUCUCAAGGCCAAGCAGAGGACAGAGAAACGCAUUGAGGCCCUGCACGCCAAGCUGGACACUGUUCAAGGCAUCCUGGAUCGCAUCUAUGCCUCCCAGACAGACCAGAUGGUUUUUAAUGCUUACCAAGCUGGUGUGGGAGCCUUGAAACUCUCCAUGAAGGACGUCACAGUGGAGAAGGCAGAGAGCCUUGUGGACCAGAUCCAGGAGCUGUGUGACACGCAGGAUGAAGUUUCUCAGACUCUGGCUGGCGGGGUAACCAAUGGUUUAGAUUUUGACAGUGAGGAACUGGAGAAGGAGUUGGACAUCCUCCUUCAGGACACCACCAAAGAACCUUUGGACCUGCCCGACAACCCCCGUGAGACGCUUUAUACCAACAGUGUGCCUAAGCCUAGGAUCUUGGAUGCUGAACUUGAAGCUGAACUUGAGAAACUGUCCUUAUCAGAAGGAGGUUUGCAGGUCCCGAGCAGUAAAUCUCCGAAAAGGCAACUGGAGCCGACUCUCUAAAGCCAUUGCAGGGACUCAAGGGAAGGACCCUCGUGUAACAGAGGGACGACAGCCUUGUGUGUACAUAGUUAUUUAAUGAGAACCACUGAGGAGUUGUGAAGAGGAGGAAAGCACCACUCCUGACAGGACAGAUCCGGCUCCUGGAAGCCAUGCUGUGAAGCUCCCAGCUGCUGCCGUGGACCUCCUUCUCGUCUUUCUAGUGCCACAAUUUAUACAGUCCCGUGUGUGACCUUCGUCGUCGUCUCUGAUAGCCUGCAGUUCCCGCCCUUGGCUCCGUUAGGUUUGUCUUCACCCGCCAGCUUCGUGCCGGCCAGUGGAGGUGAAAGGUCCGCAGCUCUGCCCACCACAGCCAGCCCUGUCUUCCGCUGCUGAGGUCUUUAAAACCAAGUUUUGUUAUCUGCGGUGCCAUUUCAGCAGCUCCCCUGCCCUCUGCUUGUUGGAAUUAAGAGUGAGAGACCUGACAGCUGAUGUCUGGAGAAAUCUCGUCCACAAGAUGUUUCUCACAUGCUUUGUCAAAUUCUCUGGGUGUCCAUGCUCUGAGUGGUUCAGGGUCAUGGCAGUUGCGGGGGUGGCUUGUGUCGUUGGGGGCCAUAACCUCUUCCAUCUUAGGCAGAUGCAGAUCUGCUGAUGGGGAUGGGGAAGGGUUAAUCUCUCUUUUGAACCUGAGCAGGAGAAACCCAAGUCAACCACAGGCCCCACGGUGUAAAAGAAGCUAAGUUUUGCUUUGGCCCCAUCAUAAAUUACAUGUGUUUUCUGGAACAGGCCACGUGGUGCCACAUUCCCUGUUUCUUGAGCCUGACACUCGCUGCAGGCCCCUCCCUGUUAGGAUCUGGAAAGCGGUUUACCUCUGUCCAGCACUCAGGGCAGGGGGCCUGAGCCAGGAUGUGCAAUAGGAGGAGGUGACCCUGACCUGCUGCAUCUGCUGUGUGCUGCCACCGGCCCAGCUCU